AUGAAAUGGGCCCUCUUCUACUUACUCUGUCUCCCGCUUUGUUUGGGGUGGCCGGUUCCGGGGAUAUCGUCGGGGUUAUCUUUAUCUGAUAAGCACCAGGGUCCGGAUCAGGAUCGUGAGUCCCAGGAAAAGUCAUUUGGGUACUCUCAGUCGAGUGCAGGGAUACUAUCACCAUUACUUUCGUCUUCUUCUCAUGAUACUCAGAGCGAUAUCGAUAUAACCACAAGUCAAGGACACUAUCAACAUCAACAUCAACGCCCCAUCACGCUCAAUCAACCAUUGUCAUCUAUACCGCACCACGACUCGGAGUAUACUACUUCCUCCACCUCCAACUCUGACCAAAAUACCAACAACGACAACGACAACGACAACCUCAACAAUAAUCAUAAUAACAAUAUUAAUCAUAACAAUAAUUUCAACUCCCACGGAACCUUCCUCACCACCAAUACAACCCCAGCCUCACCACAUCAACUCCAACAACUCCCACCCUCAACCACAAACCGUUACCUCCGCGUCCUCCACCAGACGCAACUACCCACCACCUUUCUCAAGAACCACAUGCAUGAGAUUGUCGUCGUGGGGUUAUUUCUUCUCGUGCCUAUCACUCUAGCGCUCGUUGAGAUCAUCGAGCGCAUUGGACUAGGUGUUGAUGAGGGUAUUGACCUGGAAGAAUAUCUCGAGAGGAAGAGGGGAAGGGGGAUGAUUCGACGGGGGAGGAGGGCUCUUCGGAAGAAGCGAGGGAAGAAGAAAUCCAGAUUGAUACAGAUGGAUAUGGAGGUUGAUCUAGAAGAUCAAGUAUUCUCUCGGUGA